UCUCCCCCCCCCCCCCUAAAAAUCUAUCCUCCUUUUUUUUGUCUCAGAGGGAGUGAAGGAGAAGGUUGGCUCUGCUUCAAGAAACGUCCAACAUUUCAGAUCUCAACCUCCGGCCACCGGCCACCGGACUCCUCCAUACUUACAGGUUUCUGUAGUUGUGGUGGAGGAAAAACUAAUACGUUGGUCCGGCUAGUUGAAGACAGUUGUGGCAAACCCAAAUUCAGAGGCCCAGAUUGAAAGGAAAUUUUUUGGGAUAUGAGAACGACUGGAUUAUUGCAAAUUUUGAACCUAAUGAUGUGAAGAAGAGUAGAGAGUAGCUGUGUCUGAAUUGAGAUGGAGAGCGGUGAAGGGACCAGCAAUAAUGAGAGGCGUUUUUCAGUGUCAAAAGAUGACUCGUGGCUUAGUCAAUUCCGGAAUGCCUCAAAUCCUUGGAUGGCCAGAUAUGUAUAUGCAUUGAUGUUUUUUGCUGCAAAUUUGCUAGCAUGGGCUGUGAGAGAUUAUGGGAGUAAGUUCUUCACAGAUAUGGAAAAACUGAAAGACUGCAAAGGUGGUCAUGGCUGUUUAGGUGCAGAUGGAGUCCUACGCAUCAGUUUGGGAUGCUUUUUAUCCUUUUAAUCUAGUCAUGGAACGGUUUUUCAUAGCAUAGCAUUAUCUGCU